AUGCAUGCAUACGCUAUCCUCUACCUGAAGCAGCAGGAGCAGCAGCAGCAGCAGCAGCAAGAACAGCAGCAGCAGCAGCAAGAGCAGCAGCAGCAGCAGGAGCGUCGAGUGCGUAUUUGCACUUCCUUAGGCCAGCACCUCCAGCAUUGGCAGCAAACUCACCAGAGCCUUUUCCAGAAUCUGGAGCAGCAGCAGCAGCAGCAGCAGCAGCAGCAGCAGCAGCAGCAGCAGCAAGUGCCCUUGGAAGAGAUUUGGGAGCUGCUGCAGCUGCUGGAGGCAGCAGCAGCAGCAGACUGCUCCUUUUCACUCUCUCCGCUGCUGCAGCGGGAGUUUAAGCCGCUUCUGUCUCAAAAUGUGGCUUACCCUUUGGGAGUCUCGGAGCCCCCAGCAGCAGCAGCAGCUGCUGCUCUAUGGGCUGCUGCUGCUGCUGCUGCUGCUGCUGCUUCUACUGCUGCUGCUGCAAACGCAACUCUUGCUGCAGGAGCACAAGUGGCCUUUGGGCUGUAUGGACACUCCGCGGAGGAGAAGGGAAAAGCCCUGCUGCGAGCAGCAGCACAACUUGAGCCUGGCGCAGCAAGUGAGGCAGCUGCUUUGCUGCUGUACGGAGCGCAGCCGCUGCUGCAGCAGCCGGAGGAGCUGCUGCUUCAGGUGUACAGACACCUCACGGGCGCCUUGGCGCUGCCGCCAACUCCCAUGCAGUCGAGAACUCUUUCUCGUUUGCUAAUUGCAUUUUUCAGGGCCACUUCUUCUUUUCCUUCUUUCGCUCCAACUUCUUUAUCUCUUCAGCUGCAGCUAUCUUCAGCCUUGGGAAUUAUUACCAAACAAAUAAAUCAAAUUGCCCUAUGGGGCCCCUCGGGGGUUUUCUCUAGGGCCCCCUUUGGGGGCCCCCCAGGGGGCCCCCCUGGAGUCUCUUUUGGGGGCCCCCCUGGGGGCCCCCCCAGGGGGCCCCCAGGGGGGCCCCCCGUUGAGGUGUACGUACAGCUGGAGGCUUUGUGGGGUGCGGGGAAGGCGAAGAGUUUUGUGGGGGAAAUAAAUGGAGGAGAAAAAGAAGCUGCUGCUGCUCCUUGGGGUCCUUCUUUAAUUCAAUCCAUUUCUAUUUCUUUAUUGACAGCAGAAAUGGAAGAAGAAGAAGAAAGAAAAAUACAGCACGGUGGGGUGUAUGUACACCCCAUUGAGGCCCCCGCGCUGCUGCGCUUCAAAGUGAAGCUUACCAAGCCAGACCUCGCCCAGCGGCUGUCUCAGGAGAUGCUUUUGCCUGUCUCGGGGCUGUAUGACUUCGAAUUGAUUUUGUCCCAGCGAGAGCCUCUGCAUGCAUAUCGGGAGCUGCUGCUUUCUGCUUCGUUGGUGUUUCCCGUGCCGCUGAAGUUCCUGGACGUGUCAGUUCCUGCUGCUCCUGCUGCAGCUGCUGCUGCUGCUGCUGCUGCUGCUGCUGCUGCUGCUCCUGAGGUGUACAGACACUUCAAAAUUCUCCCCGCAGAAGAACCGCUGCAUGCAAAGCCCCAAAUUAAACAUCUUUUCCAGCCCGAAGAGCCACAAGCCUUGGCUAUGUGUGGUUUUGCCGCUUGA